AUGAGCGGCUACCCUUAUCCCAUUGAUUUGAAUCGACAACCUAUACAGAUUCAACCAAUGCCACAACAACAGAUCAUGCCUCGGCCCAUUGUGCCUCACAUGCCAUCUGCUGCGAUUGCUCCUCAACCACAACAGCAACAGCAACCAUCGCAACCACUUGCUGCUAUGCCUCAGCAUCACCUCAUGUACAACGCUGGCCCUUCACCCAACAUUCAGGGCUACUUUUCAUCUUAUUCAGCACGUAUCAAGCAAUCACAAGAGAAUGCACUCUUGUUGCCCGUGAGUUACGUUACCGGAAAGAAGCAUCGUCUGGGAGGAGACUCGGACGAUGAUUUUGAAGACAUGUUGGAAGACUCGGACAAUGAUGACGAUUCAGACAACAAUGAAGAAAAUACGAGACAAACGAGAGCCAAUGCAGCAGCAGUAGAAUCCGAUGCCAAAGUGUUGGCAGCAAUGCAGGAACAACAAAAAAAGUUACCAAAAAUACCACACAAAAAAAACAUGCUAUAUCCUCAAACGACAGACUUUUUACACAUGUCGGAAGUGUCUGAAAUGCUGGUGCCUGUGCGUUUAGACAUUGAUAUGGAUGAAGUGAAAUUAAGAGAUGUAUUUCUGUGGAACAUGAAUGAACAACACUUGACACCUGAAAUGUUUGCAGAAUUAUUAUGUGAGGAUUUACAGCUGGAAUAUCACAAAUUCACAAAGCCUAUUGCUGAAUCGAUCCGCGCCCAAAUCUUGGAUUUCGAAUCGAUUCAAGAGUCUGAAUUGCCUAAUGGAGGUAACAAUCAAAUAGUCGAGAUCAAUUUGGAUCUUCAAAUUGGAAAAGUCAACUUGCGAGAUAAAUUCGAAUGGGAUCUAAACAACAUCAAAACAAAUGCUCCUGAAAUCUUUAGCAAACAACUGGCCUCAGAGCUAGGCCUUGGAGGAGAAUAUGUAAAUAUCAUCGCUCAUGGUAUCCGAGAUCAGUUAUUUAGGCAUAGAAAGAGACUUGUUGAAGAGUUUGAAGGAUUGGAUAGACGACACCUGCCCAGUGAAGACGCGCUUGACAGUGGAUAUAGAAAGAUCACAGAUGCCACAAAAUGGGCACCCAAGCUUGAAGUGCUGUCGAACGAUGAAUUGGAGAAACUAUUGAUUGCUCAAGAGAGAAAUAUUAGACGCUUACGUCGUGAAACUAGAUUCAAGCGUAAUAGUAGAAGAUCAAGAAACUAA